AUGAACACGCCGGGACGCGUUCCUGAUAUUAUAGCAGUUCAGGAUCCUCCUUCGAAUGUUCCGUGGCUGGGGUGUCACCCCUACAAUGUGGACUUCCGCUCGGAGAGACCGCUUCUCGAAGGUGACAAUCCUAAUGAGCAAAAGGAUGCUACCAAGCACGUGCCCCUGACUAAAGUGUGCUUCUAUGUUCACAUUUCCAUCCCAAAGGAACAUUGGAGUGUGGUAUACCAUGAGAAGGACAACAACAAUCUCGCUGCCACGCUGCACCUAUCAACCCCGGCGGGCCAGGUGGCCAUUCAUAACAUCUACAACCUGGAUAGGAAAGCAAACGUUGCCCAAUUCAUUGAGGACACGACAGCUUCUCGGCGCGACAUCAUCGUGGGCGACUUCAACCUUCAUCAUCCGCAGUGGGCUGGCCGGCUCUUCAAGCCAAAGUCCAACUGUUCCAAGGCCAAUCACCUGCAUGACGGUAUGCUAGGGGCCAAGAUGCGAUGCGUCACGAAGCCAGGGACGGUCACGUACACCCGUGGAGAGGGUGUCCGUAAAUAUGUGUCAUGCAUUGACCUCACAUUCAUCAGUGAGGAAAUGGCCCCUCGGUUUUUGAGCUGCGCCGUCCAAAAGAUUGCCUCUUGGAAACAGUCGGACCAUCGCCCAAUCCAGACGUUAUUGGACAUUGGGGUCUUCAGAGAUGAGACAAAACGCUUCCUCUGGAAGAAGACCCCGAAGGAACGGUACCUGGCCGCCAUAGCCGAUGCCCUGAAACAACUUCAAUUCCCCAAGCCCAAGACGCGUGAGCAACUCGAUGCACUCGCCGCCGCAAUCCGCGAUGUCCUCCUCAACGUCGUCCAAGAAUGCGUGCCGACACGUUUAGCGUUCCCGUUGAAACCGCCGGUCAGGCCUCCGAGCGCUGCCGCGCGAUCAGUGCUGCAAAACGAAGGGCUUCCCACGGUCAUGCCCAAGCCACGAAAAGGUCGCAGAUGGGGUCGGUACUGGAAUCGGUGGGCUCACAGAGUCAUCGGGGGUGGACCCAAGGAGAGGAACGAAAGCUGGCGUCGUUUCGUGCCUGACAGGACCAAGAACCCACGCGGCGUGCAUCACAUAGCUAGGCUGGCCAAGCGAAUAUGCCAACCCAAGGACAAGGCUCGCAUCCCAACCCUCCAAUCCAACGGCGUCACUUACUCGACCGAAGAUGAGAAGGGAUCCUGCUUGAGGAACAGCAUGUGGCCCGAGACUAGCGAUGGCGAGUCUGCGCCCGAACUUCAGCCUCCCGACUUGGGCCCGUCUUGGAUGGAGCACCACGCCGACCAAUCCUUGACGGAAGAGGAAGUGGACCGGAUUAUCCGGGACCUGUCAACCUGCAAGGCCGCAGGAAACGACGGGAUCGCCAACGAAGCUCUCAAGAUGGCCCGUGUCCAGCUCGUCCCCGUCCUCACCAAAUUGUUCCAAUCCUGCCUCGAGCUCUCCCACCACCCCGACAUCUUCAAACACGCCAUCACUGUCAUUCUCCCCAAGGAAGAGAAGAAGACGUAUAGCGAUCCAAAGAGUUGGCGGCCUAUUGCGCUUCUACCGUCUCUGGGGAAGUUGCUAGAGAAGAUCAUGGCGGAUCGUCUCAGGGAUCUGGCCAUGGCGCACAACCUCCUCCCCGGUUCGCAGUACGGUGCUGCUGGAAAAUCGACUUCCCACGCCGUCCAAGACCUUCUUCAUCCUGUCUAUCAAGCUUGGACAAGGAAGACGAGGAAGAGGGUCAGGAGAAAGAUGGUGAGGAUGGUGAGAAAAGCAACAUUGAUGGGUCUCGACAUCUCGGCUGCCUUCGACAACAUUGCAAGGGCAAAGCUCCUCGAAAUCUUGGUUCAGAAGCGCUUGCCCAGGUGGAUCAUCAUGUUCGUCUGGUCAUUUCUUUCCAACCGCAGCACAGUCCUGAAGAUGCCCGGCAGCACUACAGACUCGUUCUUUGUGAAUAUUGGCAUCCCGCAGGGCUCUCCGCUUUCACCCAUCCUGUUCCUCUUUUUCGCAGCACCCAUUCUUGAGCAGAUCAACAAGACAACCAGCAACAGCGUCACCAUCUACACAUUCGCCUAUGUGGAUGACACCUACCUGCUGGCAGUCUCGAACUCAUACAUCGACAACUGCAAAAGGUUGGAGCAGGUCCACGGCGACAUCCUCAGCUGGGCUGGGCCAGCCGGUGUUGCAUUUUCGCCACACAAGUACAACGUGAUGCACUUCAAGCAUCCCAGGAGCAAGGACCCUGACUGCAAACUUCUUCCAAAGAUCACUGGACUCGACAACCCGAACGAGUGCCUCAAAACCAAGAUGAAGAUUCUUGGAGUCACCGUGGACCACCGAUUGAGGUGGGACGACCACAUUGAACAGAUCGAGAAGAAGGUCAACAGGCAGUUGAAGUACCUGCGGCGCAUAUCGGGGAGCAUCUGGGGUCUGAAGCUCAAAGAUGCUCGGCAAAUCUACUUGACCAAGAUCCGCCCUACCAUUUCUUAUGCUUGUGCUGCAUGGUUUGUCUUCAGCCCUAACCAGAGGCUGAAUUGGGCAUUGAACGGCAAAAACAUCGCACGGCUGGAGCGGCUACAGUACAGUUGCCUCAAGAAAGUUUCUGGUGCACUUAGCAACUGCAGCGCCCGCGUUCUUGAGAAAGAGCUCAACAUUGAGCACAUCCGUGUCUAUCUCUACCGGCUCAUGCUAUCUCACCGGGCCAAGUCACUGCAAGUGCUGGAUCGACCCCCAUAUGUUAGCCCCGUUCAUGUGUCCCCCAAGUCCCCCAUCUUAGCCGCUCAUCCGUGUCAACUCCUUGACCGGGAAGCACAGGAUCUAUGUGGCAGCGCCUGGCAGCGAGUUGCGCGAAACCUGGGCGGCGAUGCAAAGAAGUUGGCGGCCAAGUGGCUUGACCCAAAGACACGGAAAGACGCCAUCGCCAAGUGCGCGAAGCAGGACGCUGCCAAAAGAAGCUCCGAACUCUGGAACGACUACCGCCGGAAGCGAGCAAUGAAGCAUCCAGAGCAUCAAUUUCCCCGAGCCCUGGUUGAAGAUUGGGAUCCCAAGAGCCUCCAAUACUACAAGGGCUUGACUCGUGCUCAAAGCACUAAGCUGCUACAAUGCAGGACCGAGUUUAUUGGACUGAACCACUUUCUGCAUGGGAGGAAGCUGGCGACUUCUGCCGCCUGUUCAUGCGGAUACCCCAAACAAACCGUCUUCCACAUGUUUGUACAAUGUGAAGACUUGAGAGCCGCGAGGAUCCUGUUGAGAUCAAGGCUAGGACACACCAACUUCAAGAGGUUGAUGACAGAAGAGGGUGCUGUCGUGUCUGACUGGGCCAUUACCUUCUUCAACCUCGGCCAGUUUGUGUGGCCUCGCCUGGAUUCUCAAUUCAGGGCCCAAGCGGACGAACGUACAACCUCCCGCUGA